CCCCUUUGUCCUGUCUUUUCUCUGCUUCUUGCCUGAUCAUUGAGCAUAUAUAAUAACCUUAAAUCUGUGUUUUAUUAUCGGUGACCUCCACUGGUUCAGAUCAAUGGGUGUAUUACUUUGCUGUCUUCGAGUUCCGGAGCAAGAUGGUGAAUCCCGUAACGUUCUCAGAACCAGUGCCUUUAGCUACCCAAUAAGCAAUAACUUCCCCCUCAAGUACGAGCAACUAUCGCUAAACCUGGAAAGAAGGGAAGACGAAGAAGACGACGUUUGUCCGACAUGUUUCCAUGAGUACACUGAGGAUAAUCCGAAGAUAGUUCUGCAAUGUGGACACAUCUUUCAUCUUGCCUGCAUCUAUGAAUGGAUGGAGAGAAGUCAAGCUUGUCCCUUCUGUUCCAAGACAAUGCUUUUCUUGGAGAGUGAAAUUACAGAGCAUCUGGAAUAA